AUGGCUCAGCCAAGUAGCGUGUGCAUCUGCGUGACGGCCACAUCAGUCGCCCGCCGUACGUGCAGCGCAAGCAGCGCGUGCAGCGCGUGCAGCGCGUGCAGCGCAAGCAGCGCAUGCAGCGCAUGCAGUGCAUGCAGCGUUGCGUGCUCCACUGUGGAGUGCAAGAAGCGGUGCCCAUUCCAGGCGGCCCAGCUGAACUGCCGGUGCUGUCCUGACAGUCACGAACCUUAUCAGGCUUACCAGACUUGCUUUGAGAGCUGGGCCAAGCCUGCCCUCGGCGGCCUUGGCAGCCUCGGCAGCCUCGGCAGCCUUGGCAGCCUCGACUGUACGAUCCCAACAUGGCAUCAUCACGAUUCGAAGCUUGAACCUAUCUUGAUUAGAGAUGACGGCCUCAGGCCGCCAUUCUUUGCGCAGCUGGUGAUAGCGCCUUGGCCGGUGCUGUCCGUGAUUUGUGGCACCCGUCGGAACUUGCCUGUGACGUUCAGCGGCAGCCUGGCACAGGCCUAG